AUGGACGACCCACAGAUAGAAACACAAAUGGCAAUUCAAGAAGAAAAGAAUCCACGUGUGUACAAAAUUGUCAAGGAAAUAAGCAGUCCAAAGAAAUACAUAACUGACUUGUCCUAUGUUGAUGAUGGAAAAAUAUGUCUUUCUCUGGAAAGCGAUAAUUGCAGAAGCCGGUACUAUUCCGAUACUGUACAUGAAAAUAUUCCUGAUCAUGACUACUUCGUACAUGGAAUGGCGGGUUGUAAAUGUGGAAGUCUUUUAGUCAGUGUGUGGAAUGGCAAACUACAAGAAAAAUCUAAAGGAAAAAUUUUGAAAUUUGAACUCUUUUUGACCGAAUUUACGAAAUUGUUUGAAUUUGAAAAUGAUAAACACAGACCUUUAUUUACAUUUCCAACCCAUAUAACAGAGAAUGGCAACGCAGACAUUUGUGUUUCUGAUGCAGGAGCUGUUGUGGUGAUAGAUGAGAGAGGAGUGCUCAGAUUUCGAUACUAUGGUCUUGCUAAGGAUUCUCACUUCGAUCCAUACGGAAUAUGUGCAGAUUCUGAGUGCAACAUCAUCGUGGCUGACAUGAAAAACGACAAAAUACAUAUGAUAGAUCAGAAUGGAGGCUUUAUUUGUUUUGUAUAUUAUGAAAACAUGAAAAUGCCUCGUGCUUUGUGUAUUGAUGAGAACGAUAACCUUUAUGUCAGUGAGUGGAAGAAUGACCGGGUCAAGGUCAUUUCUUCCCAGUGA